AUGGCUAAGACUUCUCAAAAGUCUCGCAAGCCUCGUAGUGAAAUCAACCGUGAUUACUACCAGCGCAAAAAGAAGGAAUUGAAGGACCUCAAAGAUCAAGUAAAACAUUACGAGUUGAGAAUUGCUCAACUUGUAGGCCAGGUAGACCUUCUUGCGCAACAGAAAUUAGAUCUUGAAGAAGAAAGAAGAAAUUUUCAGAGAAUGAUCAACAUUGGAACCGGGCCAAAUUUUCAAGGCGGCAUAAGUAAGAAAAAUGAUCCUAGAGUCAUUCUGGAUUCUACUCCAGAAAUCGGUCGUUUUUUCAACGAACUUCAAUCAGAUUUUGGAUGA